ACAUGCCCAUGUUCUUCUUCCUGCUCCACCUGGCCCUCAGUGACCUGGGCUCCAUCUGCACCACUGUCCCCAAAGCCAUGCACAAUUCCCUCUGCGACACCAGGAACAUCUCCUACACAGGAUGUGCAGUCGAACUAUUUUUUUUUGUCUUUUUCAUUUCAGCAGAGUUUUCCCUUCUGACCAUCAUGUGCUACAACCGCUACGUGUCCAUCUGCAAACCCCUGCACUACGGGACCCUCCUGGGCAGCAGAGCUUGUGCCCACAUGGCAGCAGCUGCCUGGGCCAGUGCCUUUCUCAAUGCUCUCAUGCACACAGCCAAUACAUUUUCCCUACCCCUGUGCCAUGGCAAUGUCCUGGGCCAGUUCUUCUGUGAAAUCCCACAGAUCCUCAAGCUCUCCUGCUUCAAUUCUUACCUCAGGAAACUUGGACUUCUUGUGUUUUCCAUAUGUUUAGCACUUGGUUGUUUUGUGUUCAUUGUUUUCUCUUAUGUGCAGAUCUUCAGAGCCGUGCUGAGGAUCCCCUCUGAGCAGGGACAGCACAAAGCCUUUUCCACCUGCCUCCCUCACCUGGCCGUGGUCUCUCUGUUUAUCAGCACUGCUCUAUUUUCUGACCUGAAGCCCCCCUCGAUCUCCUCCCCAUCCCUGGAUCUGUCCCUGUCAGUUCUAUACUCAGUGGUGCCUCCAGCUCUGAACCCCCUCAUCUACAGCCUGAGGAACCAGGAGCUCAAGGCUGCAGUGUGGAGACUGACGACUGGAUGCUUUCAGGGACAUUAAACUGCUGGCCAAUUUCAUCAAAUCAAUUGUAAUAAAAGUAAUUUUUAAUACUUCUUUUUGGUUUUAUUUUAGACAUUAUUUUACUUUGUUUUACUUUUUUAA